AUGGUUGAAAUUCCAAAUAAUAUUUUAAUCACAUUUAUCCACAUUUUGGAUGAGCUGAAUGACAUUAAUCAGGCUCUGUUCGAAGCUGCAACCAACGACGACAACGACGACACCAACGACACAAACAACGACACCAACGACACAAACAACGACGACACCAACGACACAAACAACGACACCAACGACACAAACAACGACGACACCAACGACACAAACAACGACACCAACGACACAAACAACGACACCAACGACACAAACAACGACACCAACGACGACAACGACGACACCAACGACACAAACAACGACACCAACGACACAAACAACGACGACACCAACGACACAAACAUUGACACCAACGACACAAACAACGACGACACCAACGACACAAACAACGACACCAACGACACAAACAACUACACCAACGACACAAACAACAACGACACCAACGACGACAACGACGACACCAACGACACAAACAACGACACCAACGACACAAACAACGACGACACCAACGACACAAACAACGACACCAACGACACAAACAACGACGACACCAACGACACAAACAACGACACCAACGACACAAACAACUACACCAACGACACAAACAACAACGACACCAACGACGACAACGACGACACCAACGACACAAACAACGACACCAACGACACAAACAACGACGACACCAACGACACAAACAACGACACCAACGACACAAACAACGACACCAACGACACAAACAACAACGACACCAACGACGACAACGACGACACCAACGACACAAACAACGACACCAACGAUACAAACAACGACGACACCAACGACACAAACAACGACACCAACGACACAAACAACGACACCAACGAGGACAUCAACGACAACGACGCCAAAAACAACAGGGAAGUGUUGUCGUAGACGGGGACGUAGAUGUGGGACCCUCCGAAUGAAAAGGAGGCACGUCCCAUAAAACAGCUGAGGAAAUGGACAGUGAU